GCACCACGCACCGCCCCUCCCGUCAGAGAUGCUGCCUGUGGAUGAUAGCCGAGCAGCCGCAGUAGCGAACAAGUGUUGUCCCAACGUCCUUCUUGGAAGUCACCACAAUAGAAAACAGGUUAAAUAUUUCCAUACAAAGUUGAGUAAUUGUUGCGGUGUGUCGUUGUUUCAGUGGCGAGCAGUAUCGGGUAAGUCCAGUCGAGGCUCCCAGUAACGGGACACUGCUACCUGGAUGCAAUGACCGACUCGGUGGUGGACGGCAAAGUGGAGGUCAAACAAGGCACGAAAUAUGUCAAGGAAACCGAAAACGUCGCGGAGAAAUAUUCGGCCAUGACCGUGAGCAAGAACAGCAGCGACGUGAACAUGAACGUCGGGGAAAUGCCUUCUGCAGCCUUCACCGCAGUCCCCACGCUGAAAUCCGUCAAGAAGAUCCAGUUUGCCAACACUGAGGAUAAACAGGAAUUCAGCAAAUACCCAACCAAGGCAGGUCGCCGCUCCUUGUCUCGCUCUAUCUCGCAGUCUUCCACAGACAGCUACAGUUCAGCUGCUUCCUACACUGACAGCUCUGAUGAUGAAACCUCCCCUCGAGACAAAGCCCAGGUCAAUACCCACGGCAGCAGCGACUUCUGUGUGAAGAACAUCAAACAGGCUGAAUUUGGGCGCCGUGAAAUUGAAAUUGCGGAGCAAGACAUGUCAGCACUCAUUUCCUUAAGGAAGAGAGCCCAGGGGGAGAAGCCUCUGGCAGGGGCUAAGGUCGUAGGCUGUACUCAUAUCACGGCUCAGACAGCAGUAUUGAUUGAGACCCUGGUGGCUCUUGGGGCUCAGUGCCGCUGGACUGCCUGCAACAUCUACUCUACCCAGAAUGAGGUGGCUGCUGCUCUCGCUGAGACGGGUGUUCCCGUGUUUGCUUGGAAGGGUGAGUCAGAGGAUGACUUCUGGUGGUGCAUCGAUCGCUGUGUCAGCACUGAGUCCUGGCAGGCCAAUAUGAUCUUGGAUGAUGGCGGAGACUUAACACACUGGGUUUACAAAAAGUACCCCAGCGUGUUCAAGAAAGUACGGGGCAUUGUUGAGGAGAGUGUCACUGGAGUUCAUAGACUAUACCAGCUAUCUAAGGCCGGCAAGCUGUGUGUCCCUGCGAUGAAUGUGAACGACUCAGUCACCAAGCAGAAAUUCGACAACCUGUACUGCUGCCGUGAAUCCAUCCUGGACGGGUUGAAGAGGACCACAGACAUCAUGUUUGGUGGCAAACAAGUGGUGGUGUGUGGUUAUGGAGAGGUAGGGAAAGGCUGCUGCACUGCUCUAAAGGCCCUCGGAGCCAUUGUGUGCAUCACAGAGAUUGACCCCAUCUGUGCCCUGCAGGCAUGCAUGGAUGGCUUCAGAGUGGUCAAGCUGAGUGAGGUCAUCCGGCAAAUGGACGUGGUGAUAACUUGCACUGGUAACAAGAACGUUGUCACCAGAGAACAGCUGGACCGCAUGAAGAAUGGCUGCGUUGUCUGCAACAUGGGACAUUCCAACACUGAGAUUGAUGUGGCAAGUCUGCGCAGCCCCGAGCUGACCUGGGAGAGGGUGCGCUCGCAGGUGGACCACAUCAUCUGGCCUGAUGGAAAGAGAGUUGUGAUGCUUGCAGAGGGUCGCCUCCUGAAUCUGAGCUGCUCCACUGUGCCUACGUUUGUGUUGUCCAUUACCGCUACAACUCAGGCCCUGGCCCUGAUUGAGUUGUUCAAUGCUCCAGAGGGACGUUAUAAGCAGGAUGUGUAUCUCCUGCCUAAGAAAAUGGAUGAGUAUGUGGCCAGUCUGCACCUUCCAAACUUUGAUGCUCACCUGACAGAGCUCUCUGAUGAGCAGGCCAAGUACAUGGGCCUCAACAAGAAUGGCCCCUUCAAGCCGAAUUAUUACAGGUAUUAAUGACUGAGCCUGCUGAUGGUUCCCUGGAAUAAACAGAAAUAUCUAUUUUAUUUUAUUAACUGCUACCAAAUGGAGGAAUUAUUUUACUUAUGCUGGAUGUAACUUACUAGCAUGUGAGCAGACAUAGCUUUAAAAAUGAAAACUAAGCAGCACAGUAUGUUGUAUAAUCAGCUACCAUAUUACAUGUCUUGUCAACUAUAUAAACAAAAUAUCACUUGCAUGCACUUAUCUGUUAAUACUGCUAGUUGCUACAGCUUUUGAUUUUUAUUUGUACACUUUGUGCCAAUUGAAGGCCAUACGAAUGGAACCCAGUCUGUGACAUUAUUAUAUUACAUUCCAUGUGGCAAAGUUUGGGCUGAGCCAAAUCAAACUAAAUGUACCUUAUUUUAUGAAUGUUGUUUUUGUGUGUUCACGAUCCAAGUCAAUGGUAUUUGCAUACAUGCCCUAAAAAGUACCAUCCAGUCUUUAUUUCAACAAAUGACAGUGAGUGAUCUGUUACACUUGUUCUAUAAAAAUACAAACCCGAGACGCUAAGAGAAGCCUCACUGUGUGCCAUCCAUCUUCUAAAUGGUUACAAAUAUUUAUGGCUUCUCUUGGAGAAGGUCAAAGCCAAAUUUAAUUUAAGCAACAGUUAAAGAUGUUACAUUUAAAAACUCCUCACUUAGAGCAGUGUGGUUGCCCAGUAAGUGUUUUUGACUGAAUAGUACUUUUAAGGCCAUGGUAUGAAUGUGCCUUGUAAAAACAUGUAUGGACACUAAACAUCAGCAUUGUCCCUAAUUAAAUGUAUGUUGAUUAACUUUAAACGCCAUGCACCUUGUCGGUGGUGCAUGUCCUUUUCUGGAAUGAAUGAUCAUAACAUAGUGACUAUGUAAUGUUACAGCAUGUUUGCCAUCUGAUUGUCUUCAUUUGAAAUUGUUGUUAUCAAAAUGCUUAAAUUGUAUACAAGUAAGAGAAUGCAUUAAAUCAGCAAUAAAGAAAGUUCAUAGAGGCGAGUACCUUCAAACAA